UAUGUGGGGCGGUUGGAGCAGUGGAACAUGUUUAAACGUCUGGUGUGGAGAAAGCAGACAGCUGGGUGUGUUUUAAGGAAGGCAAGGAGGACCUGAGGUUUUUGUUGUUGUUUAUUCAAGGGAUUGGAAGUGUUGCAUUUGAAUUAUUAUUUGAGAGGGCAAAAAGAGCUUUAAGAAGCAAGCCUUCUGAUUAAAAUUCAGCCUCUCGAAGAGGAAAGGUAAAAGUGACUACCAGAAUGACAACUUCCUUGCUUUAUAACAUGAUCUUUCUGCUGGCAUUUGGAUUGGCUUCAGCUUUCAGCCACAGCCCUAGGACCCCUGACAGGGUUUCUGAAGCAGAUAUUCAAAGGCUCCUCCAUGGGGUUAUGGAGCAAUUGGGCAUUGCUAGACCUCGGGUAGAAUAUCCAGCGCACCAGGCUAUGAAUCUGGUUGGUCCACAGAGCAUUGAAGGUGGUGCGCAUGAGGGUCUCCAGCACUUGGGUCCUUAUGGCAAUAUCCCAAACAUUGUGGCUGAGCUGACAGGAGAUAACGUACCAAAGGAUUUCAGUGAAGAUCAAGGAUAUCCUGACCCUCCAAAUCCCUGCCCUAUUGGAAAAACAGUUGAUGAUGGGUGUCUAGAAAACACCCCAGACACAGCAGAGUUCAGCAAGGAAUAUCAGCUGCACCAACACCUGUUUGAUCCAGAGCAUGACUAUCCCAACAUGGGCAAGUGGAGCAAGAAUUUACUCUUUGAGAAGAUUAAUGGUGGUCCAAAAAGAAGAAAGAGGAAACCAAAAAGCCCACUGGGUUCCCAUUCUGCUUUCUGUGGUCCCUGCCGCUCCUCCAUGCCCUUCUGCACAGACCGAGAGUGUGGGGAGAACACCUUCUGGAAACGGAUUGGUCUUUUGGGUCAGAAUGUCCCUAUUUUAGGUUAAGAGUGUGAACCCGUAUCUGCAAGGACAGCGACUGGAUAAUGUUGUAGCAAAGAAGUCUGUUCCACAUUUUUCAGAUGAAGAGAAGAGUCCUGAAUAAGUACAAUAAAAAUGAAUGAUGAAAACUCAUGCCAUCCUCUGCUAGAUCGUAAUAUUGCUUAUAUAUAAUCAUCUAUUAAAAUCCUUGUGAAUGGCAGCAUGUUUAUUAUUUAUAUAAUUGUAGAUGAAAAGCAGCUGUAUUUGUAACAGUAUGUUCUCCUAGAUAACAAAAAUAUGGUUCUGCUUUUUGUUAAGUUACGGUAAAAGGACAUUUCUGUUGUUUUUAUUUUAGCCAUGGAGCAAACUCUAAAAAUGUUAGUCAUUUUAAUAGCUAACGUGAGGUAAAUGGUCUUAAUGAGCAGCUUGUAAAUAGGAAGAUGUAAAAAAAUGCCCGGUCUGACUCCAACAUUUAAUCUUAAAUGUUACUAUGUUUGACACAUGAAAAUUAUAGUUUUAUGUUUUGUUCACAAAUAUUGUUACUUAGCAAAGACAAAGUAUUUAUUUUACCCAGAGAAUUUUGGCUUUUGGUCCAUUUUAAUAAACAUUUAAGCAAUCUACAAGGUUUGCAAAGUGACAUUUUCCAAAAUAUUUCAGAGGCUCGUUUGUCUCAGUUAUAGCUGUGCAAAUUUAAAAAUUAAAGAACUGCUUUUUGACUCUAUCCACUGGAAUAUUUUUCUGUUAGUUUUAAUCAUUCCAUGUCCACAGCUUUUCUGAUCACUUGCACAUUGUUCUUCCUUAUCUAUGGUACUGUUGUGUGGAAAUUCAUCUCCCCCGCUGUUCUUUCUCUUAGUAACAGCAGCAUUGGUGUAUUAUAAUGUCCUUAAAUUAUCUAUCUCUGUGAUAUUAUAAGUGAAGAUGGAGACAUUUCUCUGUGUUAAUAAGGUUGUGUCAACAUCCUCUGAAUCUAAAUCCAGAAUAUAAAGGUCAUUACAGUUUAAGAUCUUCAGAACAAAUAUUAUGCUGUCAUAACACUGGUAGCUAUCACUGCUUUUGAAGUUGCUCCGGGAAGCUUAAAUUGCCUUUUUGCCUCUAGGAGAUUGAAGAACUUUAUAUUGCAGCAAACUGAGCCUGUCCCUUUCUGAAAGAUGAGAAUACAAAAUUACAGAAAAAUUUCAAGCCAUGUGCAUUGCCAUUGGAAUUAUGGAAAACAGCAUUAGCUUACACUUUUGAACUUCACAUUUAUGGAGAGGGAAAAAUAAAAAAUAAAAAGGUAAUUUCCUAAUUUCCUUCCCUGUCCUACAGAAAGACAGUAAAAUAAUGACAACCGCUUGGCGGGGGGGAAAUAAAUAAAUAAAUAAAAUAAACUAACAGAAACUAAAGGUCCUAACUACGCAGGAUUAAAGUUAACAGGAUGGCACAAAUAUGACUCUGUAUGGCAUUUGCUUUUUCCAUCCCAGUACUUUGUAAUAAAUCGUGUGUGCAGAGUCAGUCCUCUCACGUCAUUUAUGGGUAGAUUGCAAAACUCUCUAAUGUUCUAGGCCAAACUAUCACGUCUUUCAUCAUAUUUCCUCUUUAAAAAAAAAUCCCGGAAAAGCAAACUAAGUAGUGUAAUGACAGUGAAGUUUAUACUCACAUGUGACACGAAAUUGAAGAGUUUCUGUGAAUCACAGAGCUCCUUCAACUUCUAGUGCCUUGAAUGGGAUGGGAGUAACCCAGCUGCUCAUGGGAGAACUUGUGUUCUCUGCUUCUUAAGAUUAAUCUUUUUAUCUGCACUCCUGCUUAGUCUUCACACAGGUAUUGGGAGUCUCAGAGUUGUUGAGAGAGUUGGUUGUCUCCAAAACCAGAAAAAAAACUAUAUAUCAUGGCUUGAAUUUGAAAUCAGAGCCCACUGAUGCCCAGUGGCCCAGAGGAUGUGAAAUGGUGAUUCCUUCCACCCCACCACCAGCCACAAGGUUUCCAGUUGGUCAGAGGUUUGAUUUCCCUUUGUAAGAAACUUCUGUUUCUUCAGAUAGCCAGCUGUCUUAUCAAUACUUCUGAAGUAAUCUGAACUACAUUCUGUCCUCAUUAGCUCAAAUAAAAUCCAUUUUAAUCACAAAACAAA